ACUGUAAACAAGGCACAGUGAUUAUCAUAUGUAAACAUAUUUUGCAAUUAUUUUGGUUAGAGAACGAAUCUAAACUUUAGGUGAUAAUGAACCUCGCCGGCAAAUGAUCCCGAUAUAAUUGAAUAUUAUCAAGAGUUAUAUUAUUAGUACAACUACCCGUGAUUCGAACUGGUGCACAUACGUUACGAAUGCCUCAAAGGAGGAAGGAGGUGGCAGUAAGCCUCUGACGAAUACAGUUGCAUCCGAAAGUAAUGAAGAUAAGAAUUCAACCGGAAUGGAGAUUACUACCGUACCAUCAAGCGCGGUACACACAGAGCCCGUUGACGAGCUUCAGAAAGAGUUGACAGAGUCUCCAAAGAAUGAUGUUAAAGGGGACUCCAGUAAAAUUCUCGAUAGCAAUUUAAGAUGCGCUAUGCUCUUAGAUCGGAUGGAGGCGUCACCUUUGAAAGAUCUUGACGAUGAGGUCUUAGCCUCACCAUAUACUUCGAUAAGGCGAGCACAGAAGGACUACGGGAUUUCUAGUCCCAGAUCGAAUCGAAAGGUGGCCUCACCUGGACGAUUUCCCGGGACGACCCAUUGGUCAGCUUCCAAUGUUGACUCACCAUAUGUCGGUUACCGGUUUGCACCGAAGCUGCCCGCACUCGCCAUGCUACCGCAGAAGACAAAUAACUAUAAACGGUAUUGGCUUCUAAUACCCGUAGUCGGCGUAGUGAUGGCAAUGACAGUGGCUGGUGCUAUUAGCCUGUGGCACCUGGGUAAAUUCAAAUGCUCCACUUCUGAGCUCCAGCGAUGUCGCAACUUUGGUGCCACAAGCUGCAUCAACAGAGAUGACGGUACAGAAUGCCUUUGCACAAAUAAGUUGAAAAUAGGCCCGUGUGAGCCACCGAGCUGCAGGGAUGUGGCACAAGAAAAGUGCUUUAACAGGAUUUGCGUUGAACCAGUCCGAUGCGUAUUCGCUCGAGAGUACAUUGAAGCGCUAUCAAGAGAGGACCGCGCCGUCGACGUGUCAUGCACGGAGGUUUUAAGCGAAAUUUGCGCUUCUAGUGGUGUCAUCCCGUUCUGUGCCAAUUCGAACACCUAUCCGUUUGGGCAUAUUUGCAAUCCUGACCCUAUCAGACCCCUACGCUGCGAUACGUCGGAGUCGGAAUAUUUGGCCCAAGCAAUAACAAGGCACGAUAGAUCUACAGGAAAGACAAAUCUGACAGAGUACUGCUACCGAAAACGUCGAAUCUAUUCGUGCCUUGUAGGACUGAUCGAUUAUGACGUUCCUCACAAUGCAAGUGUUAUUAAUUGCGGAAAUUGGUGUUCCAAAUGGGAAGGUGAUGGCUGUUCGUGCACUCUACAGGCGAAGCAGGCUAAAGUAAAAACAAGAUCCACCUACAACAAGAAAAGUCGCAAGGGAAUAACUGUGUCACAGCAUUGCGCUCCUAAAAGCUUCCCGCAGUACUGUGAUCAGCCUCCAGAAGUUCUCGAUCAGAUCAGUGAGGCAUGGUUUAAGAUUGAGAACGACGUUGCAACGGACCAUUUUUACAGCAAUAUAGAAGAUCUUGAAUCGUUUAUAAAGAGAGUCAAAAGCAUAGAGCCCGAUUAUAUAGACGAUUACGUGAAAAUCUACAUGAAAGCGGGCAAAGAUAUAAAAAUUGAGAACAAGACGUGUCUACCACUCGUACUUACUUUGGGCGGGCUUUAUUUGACAUCAACGUCGUUUGGCAGAAAUGUUUUGAAGGAAAUCUACAAUAUAUCGAGGUGGAACAGGCCUCGUUUAUCGACUCGCUUGACGAUACCCGGAGACGUAGAGUAUUGGUUCUUUACUAAUCACCAGACUGUGUUUAAAGCUAACGAUCCGUGUCGGUGGGACUCGCGAGCGUUUCACCAAAGAGGAUUUCAGCCUGACUUCUUUGCGACUGCGCAGUUACUUUAUUUCGUUGGUAGCGAGGAUCGCAAGAACGUUACGCAUCCUGUUGAUAUCGAUGGCGUCAGCUGGGCGUCACUCAACCUUGCGGAAAAGGCUGGCUAUCGCUAUCUGGUUUGCUUAACGAUUAAAGCAGAUUCAAUGGACUGCGAACGGAUCCUUUUCUGGCGUUUUCGUAGCACGUAUAUUUUGAACAAAAAAGAAAGCAAAUUUUUGGAAAAUAUUUACGGGACUUCACCAGUGAAGGACGUCCAUGAAAUAGUUACAGUCGAGGAUGAAUUCUAUUGGGUUAGUCGACUGCUCCGCAUAUAUUCAUUGAACAACUCAACAGUGUCUUUACGUCCUGGAGAUAUACCACCACUUCCGGUGACUGAAACAACAACGACAACACAUUUCGAAACGAGCACAGCCACGGAAAGAAACGGUAAAGGCACCGAAACGAAUUUAAAUAAUAAAACUGUCGGGAUACGCUACAGUGACAGAAGUAACUUAAGACAACAUUCUAGGACCAAAACAGGUCUAGUUCCUGUUACGGAAAGCUCCAUAGCUUACACAGAGCGUUCGAGAACGACAUUCACUGAUUCGAUGGAAACUAAGAUGCCGGCAUUGAACGAUGGCAUAAUAAACACAAAGCUUUCAACAACUAGCUUACCUAAGUUCGGUGAAGCCUGGCGUCAUUUUGAUCCUAAAGAGAAGAACCCUAUAAAUCGCGAAUAUAGUCAUGAUGGCGGUAUCAGAAAAAAACUGCAAGCAUACAUCUGCAACUGCGUUCUCGGUCUAGCAUGUUAAAAUGAAGAAUCCUUGGACGUCAAAAUAACUUAGCGAAAACUUUUACCUACGAUGACUUAAGGAAGCGAGUGUUCUUAGUAAAAAUAUCCGAUAUCAAUGAAAAUUCGUACAUGUUGAUGUGACUAACUUGAGCGCUGUUUGCAAAGUAUAAUAUAUCAUGCUCGUCGCGUCAGAUAUCAGUACCUCUGCAAUUUUUUCAUAACUAAAGCCAUUAAAGGCCAAAUAUUGAAGGUUACAUGCAAUUUUGCAAAUGCGAAGCAAUGUAAAUAGAAGACACGUAAAAAAAACUAACUCAUCGCUAUCUAAUAUUCCUUGUAAUUGUAUUCUGUUUGGUGAUGCUUAAUAGGAAUUGUACUGUUAUUGUGAUUGCUGUCCUUAGUUAUUAUGCAAUCGCAUCCUUACUAACUGCUUACGGCGAAUUUUUAAUAAAGCAGG